UCCCGGGUCGCGUUGUUGGCGGCAAUGGCUGUGGUCUUGGCCUCCAUCGCAGCAGCCCAAGGUGGAAGCGGCUCAGGCGUCAAGUGUCUGGAUUCGCAGUACUUGGACUCGGUCACUGGCAAGUGCGUCAACUACAAGAGCCAAGGCGAGAAGGCCGAAACGGACUACGGCCAAGCGGUUGACUCGGGUAACACGGCGUGGAUGUUGGUCUCCAGCGCUCUGGUGAUGGUGAUGACCCCUGGUGUCGCCUUCUUCUACGCUGGCCUGGCGGGCGAGGAGAUGGCGUCUAACACCAUCAUGAUGUCGUUCGUCAGCAUGGCGCUCGUAUCCAUCCAGUUCUGGGCCUUCGGGUACUCAGUGGCUUUCGGAUCAAAUGGAAUGUUCGAGUGGGCCGCCUACGACAACGUUGGGCAGACUCCGAGCGGCACCUAUGGCACUCAGAUCCCGCACCUGUUGUUCGCCUUCUUCCAGACGCAGUUCGCUAUGAUCACGCCUGCGCUACUCAGUGGCGGUAUCGUUGGGAGAAUGAAGUACAAUUCGUUCCUGAUCUUCAUCCUGGUUUGGACGACGCUGGUGUACGACCCGCUCGCUCACUGGAUGUGGUCACUGAAGCUCGACGGGUCGUGGGCGAUCACCGCCAUGGGCUGGGAGGGCAAGAUGGGCUCGCUCGACUUUGCCGGUGGCACCGUUAUCCACAUCUCCAGUGGCUUUGGAGCGCUCGCUGCUGCUCUCAUGGUGGGCAAGAGGUACAAUCACACCGAACCGGUGAAGCCCCACAACGUGCCGCUAGUGAUGAUCGGUCUAACGCUGCUGUGGUUCGGCUGGUUCGGCUUCAACGCUGGUUCACAGGGAGCCGCUGACGGCAUCGCUGCCACUGCUGCAAUCAACACGCACUUGGCUUCAUGCGCAGGUUUCCUCACUUGGGUGGGCCUGGAGUUUGGGAUGUACAGGAAGUUCGACCCUUGCGGAGCUGCUAGUGGCGCAGUGGCCGGCCUGGUUGCCGUCACCCCCGCCUGUGGUUAUGUGUACCCGUGGGCGUCGGUCAUCUUCGGCAUUGUGGGCGCGCUGACGGGUUUUGCUGCUGUGCAAAUGAAGAACCGCCUGCGUUAUGAUGACACGCUGGACUCGUUCGGUAUCCACGGCUGCGGAGGGUUCGUCGGUGGACUGAUGACCGGCCUCUUUGCUACGUCCGAUGUGAAUCCGAACAUCAAGGGCGGUGCCUUCUACGGCAACGGGGAGCAGUUCGUGCACCAAUUGGUCUCUCAGUGCGUGGCUGCGGCCUACUCGUUCGUGGUGACACUGGUUAUCCUCUACUUGAUCAAGAUAACCAUUGGACUUCGCGUCGACGAGGACAAGGAGGUGAAUGGCAUCGAUGUCACGUACCAUGGAGGACUGGCCUACGACUACAGGCCUCAGGACCACGUUGGUGUUGCGAAGCUACCCAAGCGGUCAUCAAGCGAGUUCGCGCUGAUGGUGGCGCCGAUUGAUCCUUUGUAAAUGCAACAGGGAGAACCCAAGCUCAUUACCACGAUGACUCGCAAUAAGUCGGCAUUAUAUUGAUUAGCAUGAAGAGAAAAUAUAUGUAUGCACGGUUGGCUCAUU